AUGUGGGGUAAAAUGUGGGGUUUAUUAGUUUUAAUGUUAUUCAGUAUUUUACGAGUAAAAGGUGGUUGGCAAUUUAGUAAUUGCCUAGGUGAUUCAAAUUAUCAAGGAAUUAUUAGAUAUACUCAAGGCGAUCCUGGAAUAUAUAAUUACGGGUUCACUUAUGGUUGCUAUAAUGGCAAAUGUUCUGGAUUUCCCAUUCCUUUCUCCAAUUUGGAUAUAACUUUUCAGUGUACCAAACUUAGUCAAUCGACUUUUUGCAUUACUACCGGUUCCAGUGCAACUGGCAAAUAUGGAGGUUUAUGUGGAGGAAUAUUGGGUAAUACGAUAGCAACUAAUUUUUCGAAUGCUAAUCCUUCGAAUGGGUGUCCUUCUCUUAAUGCUGUAGCUAAUGCACUAUCAAUUGGACCGACUACUGACAGGGCUUUCACAUGGUUAUGCUGUGAUAAUGCUUUAGGUAGUUGUAGGGCACUAAGUAAUGUUCCGGUAAAUAAUGGUUGGGCAACAACAAACUGCGGCCAUGGUAGAUCAUUAAACAGUUUAAUGUGUUUCGCUGAUAAUGACGGUUGGGCAUGCGCUGGUGGCCAGGACUAUGUAGUGGCUGUCGGACAUAAACUCGAGUCUUCUAUAUAUACGGGUAUUAGCUCAACUAGUAUUAAUCAUUGCGCAUUACAACUGGGAAGAAUACCGUUAUCUUAUAGAAUACUUUAA